AUGGGUCUUCCCAACAGUGCUGAGCCAACACCAGUUCACCGCCUCACGCUGUGCGUAAACACCGCGGCACGCCAUCGGCUUCAUCAUCUUCAGGAAACGUUGCCUCUGGACUUGUCUCCGCUUGCGACUCCUGUUGUUCGAAACAAAAUAGAGGAGCACACACCCAUUGAGUCCCACCGAGACAGUCCACUUCCCCACCCUGAGUCGACCACCACUGAUGACAAGGAGGUUUCUUUGCAGCCGACCUCUCUGCCUCCAUCCACUAUAGUCCGUCCUGCCUCCCUCCAAGUCCCCAAUGUACUACUGGCCAGCAAUGAGGCUGGUGUUGUUAUUCAGCAAGCUCUCCCAUCUCCGACAUCUAGCUCUGUUAUAACCCAGGUCCCAUCCUCUUGUAGACCGAUAGUUCCGGUGUCCGGCACGUUUCCGGUUCUGCUGCAGCUGCCUAACGGUCAGACGAUGCCAGUCGCCUUUCCAGCCACCAUCGCCAGCUCCAGCGUGCACAUACCCACUGCCAUUCCUGUGAGUGUCCCACACGCACUCCUCUCUCUCUAGUGUGUAGAGAAAGCU